CAGCAGCUGCAUCCCACGCUGAUAAAACUUUUGUAUUUCAGACGAGAUGCAAAGUUACUUCCUACAAAGGCUUCUCAAACCGCUUCACCGCCAAGAUCCGCGCAUAUUCAGCCCGACUUAUAACUGACUGCUUUCGAAAGGAAAUCACCAGAAUCGUCGAGCGGUCGUCGAUAAACGGGAGCCUGCUGGAUGCAGUUUUAAGUGUUUUGUAAAGAUUGCAGAUGAAGUUGGUCGUAUUUAAGUCGCCACAUACAGGAAACGAGACAAAGAACGCCUCUGAUACAGAACUGAAACCUGCGCCGAUGAAGGUAAGGCUGCUUUUCGGUUCUCAUGAGCUCUAAGGCAGCAUGUAGACGCUUCGCUGUAGCUGGAUGGAGAAAAUCUUACUCCGUCUUAUUAUCGAGAACAUAGCAUCCAACAGACGGUUCCUGUAAGCUGUAUUUUAAACUUUGACAGAGCCAUGUCCCCCGGCUGUCCUGUGAACUGAAGCGAUGGAGAGCUCGUCCUCCACAGUGAGGCGGCGAGCCUGGAUCAACAGCAGCCGUCAGUGGGUCACUUUGGAAGACCCUGAAGGGCCUCUGUGCCCGCUCCAAUCUGCCUCCAUAGCGGACGAUGAUGUGUUCUCUGAUGGAUGCCUUACGGGAAAGAUUGAGAACUGGCUUCUCGGUUGUGGGUCAGAUGCCUGCUCAGAGAACAGCGGUCAGCUGAGUUUUGAGUCUGUGCUCCAAGCCGGUAACUUUGCUGAUGACCUGAGUCUUGGAGCAGAUGCUUCUGUGGUAGAAGGUGGAGACAUUAAACCUGAGCCUGGAAGCUUGGCGCGACAUCCAUCCUUCAGACAAAAGAGCAGGCUCACCAGCACCCCACGUCAAGGACUAUGUUUGCCAUCAAUGAACUUGGGCCACAGCAUAACUUCUAGCUGCUUCUCUGCCUCAACCUGGAAAAGUACAUCAACUAUAUCAGACGUCCUCGAGUUGUGUUCAGAGGAUGCAGAGGAGACUUUGUAUGAGCUGGGUUUUGGCUGUGAGGAGCCACAGGUUACUGUGCGCAUCCCUCCUCGUUUCUUUACCUUUCCUUCUCAGGCUCAGGGCAUCAACUUCCGACUCUUCUUGGAUUCACAGAUAAGGCGGAUAAGAGAAGAAGACCCCAGCCUCUCUCUUGCUAGUCGUUUCAGACAGGUUCAAGUGCUGACAGCAAUGGCCAACGCUUUCUAUUCCCUGUACUCCCACGUGUCCCGCACUCCUCUCCAGAAACUGUCCACACCGGAGUUUACCUUCUCUUCCCCUGUGCAGAGGAUCGAACGGUUCAGAAGCAGCAUUCGAAGUGAGCCACGCUCUCCGGUGGAGAGGCUGAAGGACACUGUCAAUAAGAUGUGUCUCUACACGGGCUCUCCCCGGGGCUCUGACUCCACCUCUCCACAGCCUUCACCCAGGAAAAGAUCCAGCCUCCCAGAGGUUGUGGAUAUAGUGUGGAAAAACAAGAGUGGAGUUAACAAGAAGCUGGAUUUGGAGGAAUGUAAUAGCAAUAAUUCAGCUAUGGAUGUUAACCAGAUCACAGACGGUGAAAAUGGGCUGGAAACUCAACAGUCAACGACGGACAUGGAGAUUCUCGAGGACAGAAAUAAAACCCGUGAAACGGAAAUGGGGGAUGAUAAUAAACAUCCAAAGGAUGUUGACUCUGGUGAAAAUGACUCCAUGACUCAGAGUGUAAGAACAUCUGUAGCAUCAUCAUUAUCAGAAGAAACUGUCAUAGAAACCCACUCUGAAUCAUUUUCAUGUCAGCCAGAGCCGGACUCAUGUUUGACACAAAGUAACAAAAGGACAGCGGAACCAAAGCCUGUUGCCAAGGUUACAUACGAUUUAAUUUGCCCCCAGAUAGUCGAGAGUGUACACCAGGCGCCUUUUUGCAGUCAAAGGACAUACAAUCCAGAAAGUUUGACUUGUAUUCCCUCAGAGAGAGAAAGCACAGAUAAACCCUGUUCUGUAUCACACAAAUUCAGUCUACAAGCCUCCGUGACAAAGUCUAACCUGAAUUCACACACAGACGAUGUUGCCUCUUCAGGUGAGGCCACGCGGGGGGACUCAUCUAGAUCGCUUCCUGUCUCGGAACCCAGUGGUAGCUACACUCAUUACUGCAUAACUGUGACUGGCUGGGAAGGCGAUGAUGUACCAUCCUCUUCUUUGAAAACAUCAGAUUCCAGUCAUGCUUCGCAUGGUUUCUAUGGUGAGAAAAAGUCUCCUUCAGAGAAGCAAGGACAGUAUCUGAAUCCUCUGAUGCAUCAGAGCCUGGGCAAGCUCUCCAGUAACCUUCAGCAGGUUAAUUCCUUUGAGCUGGAAGAGGUGCAUAGUGCAGGAGAGGAAGACUUGGGACAGUCAGAAACUCCAACCUCACCAUUUUCAAAAAAACAUCAAUACAAAGGUGAAGUGGUCCGCGGUGACAGUAUGCAGUCGGACAGCAGCGGCUACGCGGACGAAGAAGUCAGCCCCUCAUCAGACAGACACAGCAGAUGACAGAAAGCUCAUGCAAACAGCAUGUACGGCAGUGCCUGCCUUCAUUGAAUCAGAGUUUGUGAAACUCUGGCGAGGACUUUCUAUCAAAAUAAAAUCAUCGUACUGUAAGACUUGCUCAUGUCGCGAUUUUAGAGUUUUUUUCAGUGAGAAUAUUUUUGAACAAAGUAUUAAGUUUUUCCAUUGUGCUCAUAUUUAACAAAGAUUAUUGUAUUGUUAAUAAGUAGACAGUGGAAAAUAUUUUAUUUAAAUGGCAAUCUAGUCAUAAUACAGGUGAAAGGCUGCAUUUCAAAGAUUAUUCCUGUGGAGCUAACAUUUUACUUCCAUUUAUUGUUUUUGUAUCACAGCAGAGGAGCAUCACAAGUUUAAUGUCAGCAUCACCAUCAGUUUCAUGCACCUUGAACUCAAUGUCAGUGUGAAUAAAACUACACAAAUGUGUCUAUCCUGCAUUGAGCAACAGAUGUUUUCUUGAGUAGUGCAAAAAAUUAUUUUAUUAAAUGACUUCACAGCAUUUUACCAACUAACAGCUACAGUAACGCAAGGUGAAGUGACACAACAGGCAGUUACAGAGCAUACUCUGGAAGCCAGUCAUCAGCUUUUAUGUGGAAACUUAUCAGUCACAUCAACAGAAAAACAUAGGAAAAUGAAGGGGAUUGUUUUAAUACUUUUGGAAGUCCACAUGAGAUGAUGGCUUUGUCUGGUCUGUGAUAUUGAAAGCUUAACACACGAGAGUGAGUUUAAUGUUGAGAAGAACAACCAUUUAUUAUAAAACUCACUGUACCGCUUCCUUUUUCUGCCAACACAUAGCUGUGUCUUUAUCUCAACAGAAAUGAAUUUGCAAACUUAACGUAAAGUGUGAGAAAGAAAAGAAAUUAGACUGUGACACAUCAUGAAACUACAUGAGGGCAAUUCAUAACAGAGUUUCCAAAAUAUUAAUGUUAUUUAGAAAACAUGGCCAAACAUUCAGAGCACAGCACAGCAGAGACAGUCAGCUUUAAUUUGGGGGUUUUAAAUGUAAGAGCCUCUAACACUGUUUUGGGGGUCGCUUAGCUUUGUUUGUGUGUAAACUGUUUGGAAAGUUAAAAAAAGGUUUGCCUACAUGGCAAACAUAAAACAUGAAACAUAAUAGACUAAUCUAUGUCACUACGUAACGCACUGAUGUAAUCAGGAGGCUAGUUUGGCACAUCAUC